AAUUCCAGUCGUCUCCGGUAGACAUGGCGGGGACACCAGCGGUUUCCGAGCUUACGCCUAAUGUUAAGUCGUCGCCGCCCGCGUUUGUGCCAUUCGACUUCUCUCAGCCCCCGACUAUUGAAGGCUUCAGCCAUCUGCCGAGAGCCAAAGAUGAGACCUUUAAAGAGAAAUUCUUGAGAAAAACGAAGGAGAACCCGUUCGUCCCAAUAGGUUGUUUGGGAACAGCAGGAGCGCUGGUUUAUGGUCUUCGUGCCUUCAAUCAAGGGAAAACCCGACAGUCCCAGCUGAUGAUGAGGGGACGUAUCUUUGCUCAAGGCUUCACUGUAGUUGCCAUUAUUGUUGGCGUCUUCGUCACAGCUGUGAAACCCAAGCAAUGAAGAGGCACCACACCUCUGCCACUGCCCAUUCAACUCGGGACUGGACUGAUUGUACUAUCUGAAUGAACUGUAACAUAAGUUAUGUCUCCAACAUUGUUCAGAUACCUCUGCUAAUGCCAACACUAUUUGUUUAAAAAUGUUGAAUCGCACUUGGUGAUCAAACAUUUAGCUCCAGGCUAGAACCGUGGAUCGUCUUAGUAGAAUCAGCUCCUUACCAGAACAGGUAGAGCUGGAUUUUCACUUGUAUUGUGCAAAGACAGUAUUGGAGUAAAAUGCUGAUUUAAAUAUAAAAUGAUAUGCUUCUUGCUCUUCUGGAAGGUUGGAUUUCAAAUGUUCCCGGGUAUUGUUACUGAAAUGAUCACAACACCUGGCUGAUAAAAAAAUGUAAUC